AUGGCGGACAGAGACAGUGGAAGUGAGCAGGGAGGAGCAGCCACGGGCCCGGGUGUCGGUUCCAUGCACCCAGUGACAGGAGGGGCGGGCUUGGCUUCCGGGCUGCAGCAUGAGACGCAAGAGCUUGCUUCAAAGCGGGUUGACAUCCAGAACAAACGUUUCUAUCUGGACGUAAAACAGAACGCGAAAGGCCGCUUCCUUAAGAUAGCAGAAGUCGGGGCCGGGGGAAACAAGAGCCGCCUCACUCUCUCCAUGUCUGUUGCUGUCGAGUUCCGUGACUACCUCGGGGACUUCAUCGAACAUUAUGCCCAGUUAGGGCCAAGUAAUCCUGACAUAGCACAGGAUGAGCCGCGACGGGCAUUAAAGAGUGAGUUCUUGGUCAGAGAGAAUCGGAAAUACUACAUGGAUCUGAAAGAGAAUCAGAGAGGCCGGUUUCUAAGGAUCCGACAAACCGUGAACAGGGGGCCCGGAUUGGGAUCCACGCAAGGCCAGACGAUUGCUCUUCCUGCCCAGGGACUUAUUGAGUUUCGUGACGCUUUGGCUAAACUCAUUGACGACUACGGAGUGGAGGACGAACCUGCGGAAUUGCCCGAGGGAACCUCAUUGACUGUGGACAACAAACGUUUUUUCUUUGAUGUUGGCUCCAAUAAGUAUGGAGUGUUCAUGAGGGUAAGCGAAGUGAAGCCAACCUACCGCAACUCUAUCACAGUGCCCUACAAAGUGUGGUCCAAAUUCGGGAACACUUUCUGUAAAUACGCAGAGGAGAUGAAAAAAAUUCAAGAGAAGCAGCGAGAGAAAAGGGCAUGCGAAUUGCAGCAACAGCAGGAAGAAAUGCAUGCUGAUGAUGGAGACGAGGAUUGAUAAUUAGUGGGGGGAACAUGCAAAAAAUAAUAAAAAUAACAUAAAGAGAAAUUAUAAUUAAAAGAACUUUACUGUAAAAAGAAAUAAACUUAAAGAUUUAACUGUAACUGUCUAACUCCAAGGGAGCACCACCCACAAAAACGAAACUUCCACAAAUUGACAGUUGCG